AUGUUCUCACCUUUCAAAUGUGUAAACCACACUGCUCUCAAUACAUCUGAGCCUAGAAUCGGCCAACUACUACGCAAGUCCAAUGAUGAUCAUCUCCUCAGAGGAGCCUCCAACAUCUUGAAGCCAGUCGUCCUUGUUCCAGGUGUAGGUGGUAGUUCACUAGAAGCCAAACUAAACAAGAACUUGUCACCUCAUUGGUAUUGUGUCAAGAAGAACAAUUGGUUCAGGAUAUGGUUGGGAUUGUCAGAGUUGGCUGUACAAGAUUGUUGGUUUGACAAUAUGAAUGUGCAUUACGAUAACAACACUGGUGACUUUUCAAACGCCCCUGGAGUCCUAAUGAGACCAAUGGACUUUGGAGGUCUAAAUGGUAUUGACUACCUUGACAAGGCGUUUGGUUUCCCAAUAUCACUGACCAAUGUAUAUGGAGACAUGAUCAUGUUUUUCAAAGACCUUGGAUAUACUAGUACAAACCUAAUUGGUGCACCUUAUGAUUGGAGAAUGCCUAUUAGUCAAUUGGAGAAAGAUGGAUGGUUCAAUCAAUUCCGCCUUUUGAUUGAGGACACUUAUCACAACAAUAAUGAACAAAAGGUUGUCCUUCUCUGUCACUCAAUGGGUGGACUACUCUCUCUUCAUUUCUUAAACUCAAUGACAGAUGAAUGGAGACUAAAAUAUCUCGACUCAUUUGUACCCAUCGCUGCUCCAUGGUCUGGAUCACCAAAUGCCCUGCGCACCAUUAUAUCUGGAGAUGACUUUGGUAUAACAUUCAUGUCUUGGAAUAAGUUGAGAGAUUUUUCUAGAGAGUCUGGAGGUGUGGCCCAACUGCUUCCAACCAACAUCAACUAUGAAGACAAUCAUGUCUUUGUUUCAAACAAAGGAAAGGAUUACCAAAUCGCUCAUACAUCAGACCUCUUUGAUUCAAUUGGAUUAUUUAUUAUCUAA